AUGGAUUUCAACGCAGUACUCAGGCGGGUAAUCAGCAGCAAGAAGCUUCUUACAGUCGGCGCCCUCAGCCUCAUCCUUGUUGGCUUUCUCUCUGCUUGGAAUGCGAAGUCGCUCUAUCCAAUAAAGGGCUGCACAAGGCUUGCGGAGAGACCAGUACGUGGGGACGAGGGGCUAUGCCGGAACCCCCUGAGACCUCCCAACAAUGCAAAAGAGAUGUGGCCGCUAGUACUCGUUUCUAUAGAAGAACAGAAGGAGGAGGACGAAGGCGGACUUCCGGACAAGCUGCCUUGGUUCUCCCUCCUGACUGGCCCCGACAAGAGGAGCGUAUGGAUUGGAGCGGACUUGCGCCUCGCUGGGAGUGCGCUUCUUCUCCUCGUUACGGUUGCGAGCUUUGCAGUCCGAACGAUCCGGAAUAGCUGGACAAAAAAAAGGUUUCUCGUGAAAAGCGUUUUCCUUCUAGAGAGAAAACUUGAAGAAGCUCAAGUGCAUGCCGCAGAGCGCGAGGCGCGGCUUGCGGAGGCGGAACAAGUCCGCCUGAGGACGUUGAACGAGAGCGGCGAAAGACAUGCGGCAGAUAUGCGCCGGCUCGAGGAGGAGCUGGAGGAGGCCGGUGCAACGAUCUGGGGACUAAAGGAGGGGAUUCAAAGCGCCCAGAGAGAGUCAAACGCCAAGGACGAGCGGAUCUCCACUUUGGAGGCACAGAUAACGACAAACGAAAGGGAGCAACGGGCGGCCUCUGCGGCGGCAAAGUCACUUCAAGCAAAGGUUGACGAAGUCGAAGAGACGGCGAAGCGGGACUGCCGAGAGCACGUUGAGAGAAUCAGGACGUUAGAGGGGCAACUCUUCGAUGCGCUGGCUAGCGUGCGCGAUUUGAGCAGCGUACGCAGAGAGGCAAGUGCGCUCAGGCUAGAGGUCAACAGAUUGACAAGCGGAGCGGAAUCUCGGGCUCGUGAACUUGAGACGGUCCGAUUGCAAAGCGCCCAGGAAAGUCAAGAAAACGCCCAGCGUCUCGAAGCUUUGGAGGGGGCUCUUGAGGAUGCGGAGAGUAAGCUCACUGCGCAGAUGACGCGUGAAGAAUCGUUGGCUGCGGAAAUUAAAAGGCUUGGACAGAAAGCUGAUUCGGAGGCGCGGCAGGCCAGCGGCCUGAAGGAAGAGCUCAACCGCGCUCAGCAAGAUGCCCAGACCAAAGAUCAGACCAUAAUUGGUCUGAAAGGGCAACGUGUGAUAGACAAGGAGAUCCGCAGGGACCUUGUCAAGAAGGAAAAGGCGGCCAGGGAGGAAGAACAAGCGAGCUUGAAGAAGAUAAAAGAGCUGGAGUCUCGGGUCAGCCAGCUGCAGAGUAACCUUCGCGAGAAAGACGCUAGGUUAAAAUCAUCAGUCGAACUUCAAAUUCGCGAGCUAAGAUGGGAGGCAGCGAGUCACCCCAACGCAGGAAUCCGCCGUCAGAGCAAGACAGCCCUUGUCGAUAGUGAAACUGUGUGGGUGGAGCCAAACAAGAAGGUGUAUCACAAUCAAGUAAAUUGCUUGCUUCGCGACUUGAAGAGUCCGGGGAUCGUCAUCGUUCACCUAUGGGAUGCGGACAAGGAGGGGAGGCAACCCUGUUCAGCGUGCCGUCAAUAG